AUGGCGCAACAGGACGCGCCAAAGCUCCUCUGGAACCCAGACAAUGUCAAAGACGUCGCCGAGUCCGUCGGAAUUCCCAACCUUAACGACGAUGCAUUGCGCUGCCUGACGCAAGAUGUCGAGUAUCGAAUCGGACAAGUCCUCGUCGAGGCGCUGCGCUUCAUGCGUGCUUCCCGUCGCACCACUUUGACCGUCAACGACAUUAGCACUGCGCUCAAGGCUCUCAAUAUUGAGCCUCUCUACGGAUACGACUCGACGCGUCCACUGCGAUAUGGCGAGGCUAGCUUGGGACCCGGGCAACCGCUCUUUUACCUCGAAGACGAAGAGGUCGACUUUGAGAAGCUCAUCAACGCUCCUCUGCCCAAAGUGCCGCGUGAUAUGAGCUUUACGGCACACUGGCUCGCCAUCGAGGGCGUCCAACCCUCCAUCCCGCAGAACCCCACCACGGCCGAAUCACGAAGUCAAGAACUCGUACCAAAGGGCCAGGGUGCUAACCCUGCUCUGGCUGCCCUCGCCGGCAACGACAAUCUCUCCUUCCGUCCCGCCGUGAAGCACGUCGUAUCCAAGGAACUCAUCCUCUACUUCGAAAAGGUUCAAAACGCCGUCCUUGAUGACAAUCCCGACGAAGAGGUGGUGCGCCUUCGUCAGGCGGCCCUCGAAUCCGUUCGCGACGAUCCGGGUCUGCACCAGCUGAUCCCUUACUUUAUAAACUUCGUCGCGAAUCAGGUCACCCAUCGUCUCGACGACGUCUUCACACUUCGCCAGGCCAUGGAGCUUACGGCCGCCCUCAUCGCAAACACCAAGCUCUACCUUGACCCCUACGCCAACUCCAUCGCCUCCCCUGUGCUCACGUGCAUCCUUAGCCGUAAAAUCGGUGCCGAGGAUGGUGCGGACGCCAUGCGUGAGCAAUACCAGCUUAGGGAAUUCUCCGCGUCGCUCCUUGGCCAGAUUGCGCGCAAGUACGCCGCCUCGAAUAAUCUGCUACGGCCCAAGUUGGUGCGCACAUGCUUGAAGUUCUUCAUGGACCCCGAUAAGCCGCCCUCGACGCACUUUGGUGCCAUCACGGGCGUUGCCUCCGCUGGUGGCCCCGAGGCGGUGCGGGUUUUGGUCCUCAAAUGCCUGAGGGCCUACAACGAUAACAUUCUGCAGCCCCUCAAGGACAAGGGCGAGAGCAUCGAGUUUGAGAUGCUCGUCGGUGGAAUUCUCAAGGCCAUUGCUACAAUGAUUGAGGACGACAGAACAACCGUCAAUGGCAUAAACGGAAGCGCCAAUAGCUAUGCUGCUGAACUCAACGAGUUCAUCGGACCCAUCCUCGGAGAGCGGCUGAAUAGUCUAGGCAACCGGAGACUGAUCAAACAUGUCUUGGAUGCUAGGAAUAUCGAGUAG